AAUUUUAAUUUAAUCUUAUAAUUAAUACAAAUAUUAAUAAUAAAAUUAAUAAAUUCCAAAAUGUUCCGUCAAUUAGCCUUACGUCAAUCAAAUAUCGCCACCAGAGCAAUUGCUGCAAGAAAUGUUCAAAUUUCAAGAAUUCAACAAUAUUCUGUUGUUGGUAGUGCAAAGGCAGUUUUAGAAAAGGUGAAUAAGAAGACAGGUGAAGUUCUUGCAGAUGGUAUGGAUAAGGCUGAAAAGGCUGUUCCAGAUGUUACCGUUGGUGAAGCCAUUUCCAAGGCCAACAAGAAGGCUGGUGAGGUAUUGGCCGAUGGUAUGGAAACUGUUGAACAAGCAGUUCCAAACACCAAGGCUGAAGCUAAAGCACAAGCUAACGACGUUGCUGAUACCGCAUCCACGAAGGCUCAAAAGGCUGGUUCUAAGGUUAAGGGUGCUGCUGAAUCUGCCGCUGAUGAUGCCGCUGAAGUUGCCGGAACUGCCAAGCAAGAAGCUAAUAAAUUCGUAGCUAAGGGUAAGGAAACUGGUCAUAAGGUUAAGGAGCAAGCCAAGCAAGUUGCCGAUGAUGCAGCUCAAACCAAAAAUGAAAAGGAAAUUAAGGAAGAUAUCCUUAGAAAGUAAAGAUAAUCAAUUGGCAUCUUUUUGCAGGUCAAAAAUUAAAAGAAAGUAUCAAGUUUAAAUCUUUAUAUGUAACUUGUAUAAGGAAAGAAAAAUAAAACCAACUAAAAAAUAAAUCA